ACGUAAAAUACGUGACGCAUGGCUUUUAUUGCCGCUGUUGUAUGUAUUGUUCAUUGCUUUAGUCUGCGGACGAGAUCCGUCGUCUGUGGAUAAUAUUUAGUUUUACUCUUUGUGGCACUACAGUGGUCACAGGAUAUAGAAAUACACAAUAUAAGUGGGCGAAGUGUGAAAUAAACGUGGGCCUGAGUGAGAUUACUCAUCGUAUUUUGUUUGUAUGACCUAGGAAUCGUGCUAUGUCGGCUCUGUAUACUGUUUUGUGGUCUGCAGUCUGUCUUUGACUCUGUCGUUUAUAGUUCUGCAAAUUCAUCGACAUUCUUUGGUUGUCUGAGUACAUCUAAAAUUCAGCCAUUGAAACAUGCAUAAUGCGUUUUGGGCAUUUCUAGUCUCUCGUUCUAAAACUUCGAAACUGUCCAAUAGCUACUCAACGAUGAACAUCUCAAAAAGUGGGUACCGUGUCUUCUCCGCCAACUCGACCACCGCAUGCACUGAACUCGCCAAGAAGAUCACAGAACGGCUUGGCGUGGAGUUGGGCAAGUCAGUUGUUUACCAGGAGUCCAACAGAGAAACCAGGGUGGACGUGAAAGAGUCUGUUCGUGGUCAAAACAUCUUCAUCAUUCAGACCAUUCCCAGAGAUGUGAACACGGCCAUCAUGGAGCUGUUGGUCAUGGCCUAUGCCCUGAAGACCAACUGUGCGGAGAACAUUAUUGGAGUCAUCCCUUACUUCCCUUACAGCAAGCAGUGCAAGAUGAGGAAGAGGGGCUCCAUUGUCUGCAAACUGCUGGCCUCCAUGCUGGCCAAAGCUGGGCUAACUCACAUCAUCACCAUGGACCUGCACCAGAAAGAGAUCCAGGGCUUCUUCAGUUUCCCCGUCGAUAACCUGCGGGCAUCCCCCUUCCUGCUACAGUACAUUCAGGAUGAGAUUCCGGACUACAGGAAUGCCAUUAUCGUUGCCAAGUCCCCGUCGGCGGCCAAGAGGGCUCAGUCUUACGCUGAGAGGCUGCGCCUGGGUCUGGCUGUGAUGCACGGGGAGGCUCAGUGUUCAGAGUCGGACAUGGCGGACGGCAGACACUCUCCCCCUCCGCUCUCCUCCGGGCGCACCACCUCUGGCCACCCUGGUUUGGAACUGCCAUACACGGGGAGGCACCAGGCUGCAUUCCCAGGCAUUGAGCUCCCAAUGAUGAUGGCCAAGGAGAAGCCCCCGAUCACAGUAGUGGGAGACGUGGGAGGACGAAUCGCCAUUAUUGUCGAUGACAUCAUAGACGAUGUAGAGGACUUUGUGGCGGCGGCUGAAAUUCUGAAGGAGCGAGGCGCCUAUAAGAUCUACAUCAUGGCCACACACGGGCUGCUGUCUGCAGAAGCCCCGAGACUCAUAGAAGAGUCCGCCAUCGAUGAGGUGGUGGUGACCAACACUGUCCCCCAUGAGGUCCAGAAGCUUCAGUGUCCCAAGAUCAAGACUGUGGACGUCAGUAUGAUUCUGGCCGAGGCCAUCCGACGCAUCCACAACGGAGAGUCCAUGGCUUACCUGUUCCGCAACAUUACCGUUGACGACUGAGCUACACACACACACACACACACACACACACACACACACACACACACACACACUACACAAUGAGACCAAGGAUUUUCAGCUUUGUUAACACAUUUAUUUUCAUUCUGGUUGGCUUCCUGUUUUCUCAGCACAUAUUUGUACUGUUUAUGCAGACGAGUAGUGUGUUGUAGUCAGUGACAAGAUGAGUGAAUACAAUACCUGUCACAUAUGUAGACUAAUUUAGCACAAACAACAUUCCCUUUCUUAGAAAAAAUGCUACAUGCUGCCAAUUUGCAUUUGGUUAAUAAAGCCCUUUGGAUUAACAUUUCUGUAGUCAUUUAAACCCUGAAUGUUACACUGUGUGGUGAAAGUGGAUCAAGAACGUUAUGGUAACAGAAUCAGAAGGUUUACUUAAUUGGCCCUGUACAAUAAUUGAAUUACAGCACCGUUUUGUUGAACUGAGUUUCGGGCAAUUUUGCGUUAUGUUGUCUUUCACCCUGUACGUGCUGAAGGAUUCACUUUAAAAAAAAUAAUUGAGUGUUCUUGAUUUUAACAGGAUUUUUUUUGUUGCUCUUCGUUGAGAUGCUGAACCCAGUAAUGGCAUGUAGACAAGGCAUCCUUUUGAAGAGUACAAAUGCCUUAACCCCCCAUCUUUUCUCUGUGUAACAUUAACCUCUUCCUGGCUGUCGUGAGAACAUGGUGAAUGGUGGAGAACAUAGUGAAUGGUGGAGUGUUCUGCGGAGUUACAUCAAGUACUCCUGUUCUAUUGUGUGCCUGCCUUUGCUUUUUAGUCUCCCACUCUGUUUACAAUAAAUGGAAUCCCUACUUGUUCUUCAAACCUGUGACAGUGCUGUAAUGUCUUACGGUCCAGGUGAACCUGUGUGCGCCGUUUACUGCCGCUCCGCUAGUGUCAUCUUUGGCAAUGAACUUGAGGCGCCAUGACAAAAUGGAGACAAUGUCUGUUGAAUGUGGUUUGGGGUGUGAAAGGUUUUCAGUUCUGUGUUCCUCUAUAAUUUGAAAUUCAGCCGGUGUUUAUUUAAAACGUGCACUGUCAUUAUGAAAGCAUGUACUACCUUAAAUGGAGUUCAGUGAAGCGUGUGUGGGUUAGGACAACUGAAAUAUGUUACAAAAGUGUGGACAUGCAUGUUCUGUGUAGUGUGUUUUUUGCAACAUGGAUAAAUGAUUUCACUUCU